CAGGAAAUAUUUUACAUACGCUACAUUAGAAUACAAUGUAAUCACAUUGACGUAAGAAUGCAAAAGCUAGAAUCGACAAAGAUCAUAACCUUAUUACAAUAGAAAGAUCACGUAAUAAAGUCAAGCUCAUAUCAUAUAUUAAUCGACUGUUUAUAAAUGAUAUCCGAUAGAUCCGAUCUAGACUUGAUGAAAAUGCUAUCUCAUAUAAAAAGCAUAUUCACUUGUUAGCUAUCUCUUCGCGAAGAAUCUCAUAAAAGUGUUUUUUUCAUGAACUCUAUAUCACAGUGUUAACUACAAGUAACUUACUGUUGGGCAUCAAGUUUAGUGUUUUACAUCUAAGAAAACAAAACAUUAGAUUAGACAAGUUUUAUUAAAGUUCAGGUGUAUUAUUAAGGAUCACAUAUUUGGAAACCAUCCACGCAAUAAGUGAGAGAAGGAAAAAGUUAUUAAAAAAAUAGGUUUCUUAAAUAAACGUGCUGACAUCAAACGAUGGACUGUAAUAUGGAAACGAUCAAUGAUCCUGAGGAUAUCGUUAUUUCUGGCAUUGCUGGUAGAUUUCCUGAGUCCGAUAACAUAAAGCAUCUUCAAGAGAAUCUUUUUAAUAAAGUGGACCUCGGAUCGGAUGACGAACGACGAUGGAUUCACCAAUACCCAGACUUAUCACGACGAGCAGGAAAAGUUAACAACAUCGAUAAAUUUGAUGCGGAAUAUUUUGAUAUUCCCUUUGCCGAAGCUCAUCAGAUGGAUCCUAUGUCUAGGAUGCUCUUGGAACACGCUUAUGAAGCUAUUGUCGAUGCAGGGGUAAAUCCGAAUGAUUUACGUGGAACAAACACAGGAGUUUUUGUAGGAGCAUGUUAUUCUGAAACGCAGGAUGAUCUUUUUUAUGAUAAACCAAGGAUAUCCAAUUAUGCAGUUGUUGGAUGUAGUAAAGCUUUGCUAGCAAAUCAAAUUUCAUAUUGGCUGGAUAUAACAGGACCAUCUGUUUCGAUCGAUACAGCGUGUAGUUCAAGUUUCACAGCUAUGGAUUAUGCAUAUAGAAGUAUCAGGUUGGGACAAUGUGAUGCCGCUAUCGUCGCUGCUACAAAUCUCUGCUUGCAUCCUUAUGUAUCUUUGCAUUUUGCACGACUUGGAAUCCUAUCUUUGGACGGACGUUCUAAAGUUUUCGAUGAUAGUGCAAAUGGUUAUUUGCGUAGCGAAGCGCUUGCGGCCGUAUACUUACAAAAGCUAAAAAAUGCUAAAAGAGUUUAUGCGACGCUUAUUUACACUAAGGCAAACAGUGAUGGGUACAAAGAACAAGGCAUUACAUUUCCCUCGACCGAACUGCAAGCAAAACUAAUUGAAGAGUUUUACGAUGAAUGUCAUAUAUUGCCUUCCUGUUUGAAUUAUUUAGAGGCUCACGGUACAGGUACUGAAGUGGGAGAUCCGGAAGAACUCAAUGCAUUGGAUAGUACCUUUUGCAAGAAUAGAAAAACUCCUUUGUUAAUUGGUUCAGUCAAGUCAAACUUGGGACAUUCGGAAGCUUCUAGUGGCUUAUGUCAAGUUGCCAAAGUAAUAAUUGCAAUGGAAACGGGUGUGAUUCCGCCAAAUAUACACUUCAAGAAAAUGCGACGUGACGUGAAGGCUUUGGAAAAUGGAAAGUUACGUGUAGUGACCGACCCGACUCCAUGGAAACCUGGUUUAGUAGGAAUUAAUUCAUUCGGUUUUGGUGGAUCCAAUGUUCAUGUGCUUCUGCGACCCAACCCAAAGAUAAAAGUCAAUAAAGGAAUGCCAAAUGAUCACCUACCUAGACUCGUCGUUAUGUCUGGUCGCACUGAACAAGCAGUCGAAUCAUUUCUAAAUGAGAUCGAGAGCCAGCCAAUAGAUAUUGAAUAUAUUCGACUAUUCCAUGACAUUUUUGCUACCGACAUACUAAAGCACCCUUACAGAGGGUACACUAUCAUUGAGUCUGAAGCAUCGUUGAAACCGAUAAAGGAAAUACAACAAUAUUCAGGUGUAAAACAACCAGUCUGUUUCGUGUUCUCUGGAAUUGGAUCCCAAUGGCUUGGCAUGGGACAAGCACUACUGCAAUUUCCAGUAUUUUCUCAAACUGUAGAACGAUGCAAUAAAAUUUUAAGUCCACAUGGCGUGCAUGUCAAUGACAUAUUAACAAAUGAACAGGAAACUAACUGCAACAACAUAUUGAAUUCACUCGUGGGCAUUACAGUAAUGCAGAUUGGAUUAAUUGAUCUCUUAAAAUCCGUAAACAUCACGCCAGAUUAUGUCAUUGGUCAUUCAAUUGGUGAGCUCUGUUGCGGAUAUAUCACCAACACUUUUACCAUUGAACAAGUGAUGCUAUCUACGUAUUAUAUCGGGCUGGCGUUAAAUGAUUCAAAACUUAUUUGCGGUGCCAUGAUAAAUAUCGCACUCGGUUAUGAGAAAGUAAAAAGCAUAUGUCCAUCAGAUAUUGAAAUCUCCAGCUUUGGUCCAAAUAAUUGCUGCAUAAGUGGACCAAAGGCAUCAGUAAAGUCAUUUGCAGCUAAAUUGCAGGCUAAUAAUAUUCUUAUCAACGAACUCGACUGCAACGAUAUCCCUCUUCAUAGCCAUUAUCUCGUCCCUGCAAGAGCAGCGAUUCUCGCUCACUUGAAUAGAAUAAUACCGCAAACAAUGACCAACAGUCAUGUAUGGACAAGUUCAGUUUGUGACACGAAAUUAUCAUAUGCUGAAUAUUUCACGAACAAUCUAUUAAGUCCAACGUUCUUCGAAAGAGUUAUACAGUUAAUCCCCAAAAACGCGAUAACUAUAGAAAUUGCGCCGCAUGGAAUUCUUCAGAAUGUUAUGAAGGAUUUUUCCGACACGAAUGUCUCAUUGAUUCAACACCAUCGCAAGGAUAAUGUUAAAAUAUUUUUGCAAGGAUUAGGAAAGAUAUACAAUACCGGUUCGCAGCCGCAACUAGCAAAUUUGUAUCCAACUGUACAAUUUCCUGUCAGUCGCGGGACACCAAUGAUUUCGCCAUCAAUCAGGUGGGAUCAUUCUAAGGAGUUGUAUCUAUCAUCUUUUUUCUCAUUCCAAAAGAAGAUAUAUUCUGCUGAAAGAAUUUACAACUUGUCCUUAAAAGAUGAAGACACUGAAUACAUGAACGGCCACAUAAUCGACGGACGAAUCUUAGUGCCAGCGAUGGGAUAUCUUGUUCUUGUUUGGGAAACGCAUGGCAUGUUGACGAAGAAGCUAUAUUCCAACACGUCGGUUGUAUUUGAAGAUGUAAAAUUUCUCCGAGCAACGCAUCUGCAGAAACAGGGGUCUAUAGAACUAAUAAUAACGUUACAGAAAGCUACCGGAAAUUUCGAAGUAACACAAGGAGGUAAUGCCGUCGUCAGCGGAAAGAUUCGCUUUCCCACGAAUAUUACUAACGAAAAAAUAUCAUGCAGUUUUCUACAAACGGAUAACGAGGAAGUAAAAGUGAUGACCACAAAAGAUAUUUACAAGGAGCUCAAAUUACGCGGAUAUCAAUAUAAUGGACUAUUUCGAGGAUUAAAAAGUGCAUCAACUAUGGGGCGACAAGGACAUAUAAUUUGGAACUCUAAUUGGGUGACAUUCAUGGAUUGUAUGCUGCAAUUAAAAAUACUUGGUACAGAUACCAGACAACUUUACGUUCCAACGGGCAUACAAAAAUUGGUAAUUGAUACGAAUCUGCACGGACAAUACAUACGCAAUAGGAAGAGCGACGAUGAAGGGUUCCUUGCUAAAACAUAUAAGGACUACGAUACAAUAAUAUGUGGCGGUAUAGAAAUGAGUGGUUUAAAGGCUAGCCCUAUAGCACGUCGAAAGACAACAGCAAUUCCUGUUCUUGAACAGCACACUUUCGUACCUCAUCGCGAUGGAGCUGAGAUAUCUUUCAAAGAUAGUGUGAUCUUGUCGACACAUCUCGCUCUGGAGCAUCACCAAACCAUGAAACCAAAUAUCAUUGAGUUGAUUGAAGAUUGUGACAACAUUACAGAAGAAGAACUAGCGUCUCCACUGUUCGACGAAAUCUUGAGUAAUUUACCAUUAAUUCAACCCACCAUUAAUUUGAUUGCAAGAACUGAUCGCUUCAUUGGCAUUACAUUUCCUCCAAGUAUCACAAUUUCACCGACAAAAACAUUUUCUAAAAAGGAUAAUGCCAUAUUAGUCACGGGAUUUAAUUUAUUAACAAAAGACAAAAGUGAAACAUUAAAGGAAGCAUUACUGUCUUUACAAGACAAUGGCUGUUUGUUGGUACGAGGAAAACCUGUUACAAACAGUGAUCUAACAAAUAUUACAAAAACGUAUAGUUUGGUAGUAGUGCUUGAGAAACGCAUAAAAGAGAAUCAUCAUAUCACACUUUUGAAGAAGAAACGGCAGUCAAUUAGGAAAACAAAAGUUGUACGCGUGAAUAAUUAUGAGUUUUCUUGGCUGGAGGAACUCAAAGAAGGUUUAAACGCGGAUAUUGAAUCGAGUACCGCUGCGAGAAUAAUAUUGGUUGGUGAAAAGGAUCCAGAAUGUGGAUUGUUAGGUUUUGUCAAUUGUUUGAGGAAAGAAUCCGGUGGUGAAUUAAUCAGAGGAGUGUUUAUUCAGGACGAAAGUGCACCAGACUUUUCUCUACAGGAACCAUUGUACGCGCAGCAACUUGAACUCGAUCUUAUUAUGAAUGUUUUGCAUCCGGGAAAAGUGUGGGGAUCGUACAGACAUCUCCCGUUAAACCCACCGACAUUAAAGCCCGUAUAUCAUGCGUUUGUUAAUCAAAUGGUCCGUGGUGAUUUGAGUUCACUUAAUUGGUUGCAAGGUGCACUUACCCCAAUGGAUUAUCAACACCAAGAUCUCGUUCAUAUAAUUUACGCAUCUAUUAACUUCAGAGACAUAAUGAUUGCAACUGGCAAAGUCAACAUGGAUUCAUUCGCAUCUCGUGGACGACUUGAGGAAUGUUUUAUAGGCCUUGAAUAUGUCGGCAUCGACAAUGCUGGUCGCAGAAUAAUGGGAAUUUGCGAAAAUCAAUGUAUCUCAAAUAUGCAACAAAUCGAUAGAAAGUUUUGUUGGAGUUUUCCAGAGGAAUGGACUCUGGAGGAUGCCGCGACAGUUCCAUCUGCAUACUGUACGUGCUGUUAUGCAUUAUACAUCCGCGCAAAAAUGAAGAAAGGCGACAAGAUAUUAAUUCACUCGGGUACUGGAGCCGUGGGACAGGCAGCAAUUCACCUGUCGUUACAUAAUGGCUGUGAAGUAUUUACAACCGUGGGCACUCCAGAAAAACGAAAAUUCAUAAGAGAUACCUUUCCAUCCAUUCCGGAGAGUCACAUCGGAAAUUCACGCGAUACCAGCUUCGAGCAAAUGAUAUUACAACAGACCAAAGGUCGUGGCGUAGACAUCGUAUUGAAUUCGUUAGCCGAAGAAAAACUUCAAGCGUCUAUCCGUUGCCUGGCGAGAGGCGGAUGCUUUCUGGAAAUUGGAAAAUAUGAUAUUCUGUCCGAUAAUUUAUUGGACUUAUCAAUUCUUUCAAAAGGAAUUAAAUUUUUCUGUAUUAUGUUGGAUAAUGUUUUCUUGGCUCCCGAGAAGAUCAGAGAUCAUAUUUACACUGUAGUAGAUGAAAAUCUUAAAGCCGAAGCAAUAAAACCUCUUGUCAGGAAAGUUUUUCAGAAGGAUGAAGUGGAGGCUGCGUUUAGAUACAUGGCAGCCGGAAAACAUAUUGGAAAAAUAAUAAUUAAAGUACAAGAAGAAGAUGAUUUUGUGAACGCACCUAUUCUCGCACUUCCGCGAUAUUAUUGUCCUGCUAAUAAAACGUAUGUCAUCUUAGGUGGUUUAGGCGGCUUUGGUUUGGAAUUAGCCGAUUGGUUAGUUAUUCGAGGUGCACGCUAUCUUGUGUUAAUCUCACGUUUUGGAAUAAAGAACGGGUAUCAGCAUAGGAAGAUUGAAUUAUGGAAAUCAUAUGGAGUAAAUGUUUCAACAAUGUCUAACAUUGACGCAUCAAAUACCAACGAAUGUGAACAUAUAUUAAAAACAGCAGAAAUGCUGGCGCCCGUCGAUGCUAUAUUUAAUCUGGCUGUAGUAUUGAAUGAUAAGCUGUGUCAAAACCAUACCGCAGAAACAUUUCAAGAGUCUUUUAAAGCGAAAGCUUGGGCCACGAAAAAUUUGGACCAAUUGUCUAGAAAGAUAUGUCCACAGCUUCGAUAUUUUGUUGUUUUCUCUUCAGUUUCUUGCGGCAGAGGAAAUGCUGGACAAACUAAUUAUGGCAUGGCAAAUUCCAUUAUGGAAAGGAUUUGCGAGAGAAGAUCGCGAGAAGGUUUACAUGGUUUAGCGAUUCAGUGGGGUGCUGUGGGCGAUGUCGGUAUCGUAGCCGAUAUGAUGGACGAUGACAAAGAAAUGAUAAUCGGUGGUACCUUGCAGCAGAAGAUAUCUUCCUGUAUAGAAAAGCUGGAGGAGUUCUUGUUACAGGAACAUCCCAUUGUGUCAAGCAUGGUUGUAGCUGAGAAACGCUCCAGCUCUUUUGGUGCAACCGAUAUUGCUGGUUGUGUGGCUAAUAUUAUGAGUAUAAAGGACUUGACUAGUGUAUCUCACCAGACUCCAUUGUCUGAGCUUGGGAUGGAUUCUAUGAUGGCCGUUGAAAUAAAGCAGACUUUGGAACGGGAGUUUGACACGUUUCUUACAUUACAGGAUAUCCGUACUUUAAAUUUUGCCAAACUCAAAAAAAUGUCUGACAAUGAAGCAAAGAAUGCGAAAGAGGGCACAUCCGAUCAAGAUGUGAAUGACUUAGCUGGUAUUAAAUUGCUCGUACGUUUAGUAGGCGAGGAUCCAUCACCCGAUGUAUUAGUUGAUCUUCCAACAAAACAAAACAAUACGAAAUACGAUAUAUUUUUAUUACCUGGUUUCGAAGGUUGCGGAAAUAUAUUUAAUCCGCUAGUGCAAAAGAUUGAAGCUCCAGCUACUUGUAUACAGUAUAGUGUGUACAACAUUGGUACGAGUUUUACUUCAGUAAGCGGAAUCACCGAUUGUGUUUUGCAACAUAUCGUGAAUAGUAAGAAAUUGCGAGAGAAGUUUGUAAUAGUAGGCUAUUCAUAUGGAUCAGUAAUCGCUAUUGAAUUAGCGCAUAGGUUGGAGAAACUAAAGAUGCAGUGCCGAUUAGUGCUCAUUGAUGGUGCACCGGAAUACCUAAAAGUAAUGGCACAACAACAGGUACAGUUUUCUACAAUUGAUGAAUUUCAGAAUAAUAUUCUACUAGCUAUAAUGGAUAUGAUGCAACCGAUAAAUAGUGGAAAGCUUCUAUUAGACUUGAACAAAUGCAGUAACUGGGACGAGAAAUUGGAUACUUUUAUCAGUCAUGCACCUCCAGCGGAAUUGGGUAAACAAUUGUCGAUGAACAUGAAAAAAGCAUUUUGCACAACAAUCUACAACCAUUUACUUGCUCUCCGUGAAUACGAUGUGACGCAAAUGCCGAAAAUUGCAUCACCUGUAAUACUUUUGAAACCGACUGAAUCAUCAGUGAAGUUUGCUGAAGAAGAUUACGGCUUGAGUAAAAUUACAACAGGGAAUAUCGAAGUGCAUUAUGUUAAUGGAAAUCAUAUUACAAUAGUGGACAGUGAUGAAGUUCUAGCUGCCAUCAAUGGAAAGCGAAUUGAAAAUUGAAAUUGUGAACAUAGCAGAAUUAAGAUUGAUAAAUGAAAAAAAUAAAAAGAAAUUUAAUAAAAAUAUAUUACAGAAAGAACUAUGUAUUAGUUCUUUCUAUAAUAUAGUUUUGUUACAUAAUGUUGAGAUCCAGGAGACAAAAAUAAAUUCUGGUAAAUGUUAGGAUUAGCAAUCUCAUCAAUUUCAAUAACUUUACAAAUAAUGAACGACGGUUAAACUUUUUGUAAAUUAAUCGGAGCGAUGUCGUUGAAAAUAUAUGAAAAUUAUUGGAAUUGGUGAGAUCGUCCCUUAUUUAAAUUAAAUAUUAUAGAAUCUAUAGAAUUAAAAUAUAGAAUCUACGAUAGUUUGUUUUGGGAUAGUUAAGGUACAGGGGCAGGGGCGAAGUCCCUCCUGCGUCUUCUGUGAAAUCAUAUAAUGCUACAUAAGUUUUAAAGUUUCGGUAAAUAUUAUGAUUAGAGACAACGUCACUGAUUACAAUGAUCUUAUAAACAACGGGCAACAGUUAAAACUGUUUGUAAAUUAGUUAGAAGUUUUUGAUAAUAUAUGUCAAGGUCAGUGAAAUCAAUGAAGUCGGCCCUAAUCAUUUACAUUUUACAUUUACUCAAAUGUUUUAUUAUAAUAAUCAAAUUAGGGCAUAAGAGUAACCGCUGAUAACAAGCGAGAGUCCAAAGAUUAAGAUCAAUUUUUUAAUAAAAAAUUGUGUUUAUUGUGUAUGUUUCGGCCAAAUAUUAGGCCAUCUUCCGCAAUCUUAAAAUUCUCGCACUCUUCAUCCAGCCGUGAAAUAACCAGAAUCCAAAUUCUCAAUUUCAAUAAUCUCACUAAAGAAGAGCGCAAGAAUCAUCAAUCAUAACAAUAAAAUUGAAGCAAUAUAGGAUGUAGUACAUAUUGUUUAAAAAAAUAACAUCAUUAUGUCACAAAGUAGUCAAGAAAGAUGUGAUCCCGACAAGGUCGGUAAGUGUACUGUGUUUUAUUAUAAGAUUGUUAUAGAACAUGAUGGUAUUUGUGAUUGUAUUUUGUAUGAAUAAAUAAAAUAUAUAUCCAGGAAUAUAUGUUCUAGUA